AUGCCGUCCAUAGAUCCCGCACCGGUUACCAUCGACUUCACCAAGUACUUCAGCAAGGAGUCAACUGGGAGGAAGAGGUCGCAGCUAAAGGAAUUGAGGCCAUAUUUUGAGAUACCUGGCAUGAUCAGUUUCGGAGUUGGUAUCCCUCAUCCUUCGACUUGGCCAGUGAAUGGAAUGACUUUAUCAGUACCCUUCGCGGGAAAAUCAGUAUUCAUACCCGGGCACGAGAGUCGGUCACCUGAGGAUAUGCUACCUCUUGCACCAUAUAGCGAUCCUAUGAAAGGUGAUCACCUUUUCCCCGAUCUUUCUGGGGAAUUGCAAUACUCUGCGACCUACGGUACUCCUCACUUAUUAGGCUGGAUCAAGGAACACAUUCAACGCGUACACUCACCGCCAUACAAUAACUGGGUGAAUCUUUGCACUGCCGGUAACACCGAUGGUGUAGAUGCGGUCAUGAGGGCCUGUUUUGAUAGGGGGGAUUAUAUGCUUGUCGAGGAAUUUGCGUAUCCUGGUCUUCUCAGCCCUGCGGCAACGCUGGGCAUCAACUGCCUAGGUGUACCCCUCGACGCGGAAGGUUUGGUCCCAGAAGCUUUGGAUGAGAUUUUGACAAACUGGGACGAAAAAGAGAGAGAAGGACCUAGACCGAAGAUGCUGGUGCUGGUCCCCACUUGCUCCAACCCAGCUGGUGUCACCAUACCAGCUCACCGGAAGCGAGAGAUCUACGCCGUAUGUCGGAAAUGGGAUGUGUUGAUCUGCGAGGACGAUCCUUACUGUUUCCUGCAGAUAAGACCCAAUGGAGCAGACAGCCCCAUUGUACCCAGUUUCCUUUCUUUGGACACCGAUGGCAGGGUGAUAAGAGUAGACAGUUUUUCGAAGAUCGUUGCUCCAGGAAGUAGAUUAGGGUGGAUCACCGGACACAGUACCCUAGUGGAAAAAAUCAUGAACACUAGGGAGAGUGCGACACAAUGCCCAUCAGGAUUUUCCAUUGCCGCCAUAGCUGCUAUACUAAGGGCUUGGGGCUCUCACGAUGGGUUUGAGAAGAAAUAUAUCCCUUAUAUAUCUGAUAUCUACGCCAAAAGGUGCCUAAUGAUGAUCGACCUUCUGAAGAAACAUGUCCCCGCUGAAACCAUCGAACUACCCGCACCCAGUGGCGGCAUGUUCUUAUGGGUUCGACUAAAGAUCGAAUCCCACCCCUCUUUCCCGGCUGAGGAUCCCGAAGCAAUUUCGAAGAAGGUGUUCAAGUCCAUGAUCGACGAGAAAGUCCUGAUGGCACCUUCAGAAUUCUUCAAAGCUCCAUCCAUCACCACCUGGACAAAAGAAGAGGAAGCCAAGCGAAUUUUUGUCAGAAUCAGUUUCUCCCUACCUCCGCCGGAGGAGAUGGAAGAAGGAUGUCGAAGAAUGGGUCGAGCUUUAGCUAAGGCAUGGAACUUGUGA